AUGCAAAAUGCCUUAACAGGCAAAUUUUAUAUUUCGGAAUGUGAUCGACUUCCAGAAGAAUUUUGGAUACGUGUUACAAAGGAUAGAUUAAUGGACAUGGUAAAUGCUGUGAAAAAUAUGAAAUGUAUCAAUGAAAAGGGAGAAACACAUCCAUUUUUGAAAAAACCAGAGCCUGAAAACGAAAUGCAGCCAUUCUGGAAAAAUGAAAAUGUGCGAGUUGAGAUGUUGGAAAUAUCUUCAAUGGAAAGUUCAACAUUAACAGAAGAAACAACAACACCAACAUGGUUUUCACCAGUCUAUACUUCAACACCGCGUGAUUCGCCGGUGUCAAUUAUUAAUUCAUCACCAGCACUAAAUGCUGAACCAUAUUUGGCAGAUUACCUGAAUGAGGAUGAAUCAUUCUUCUGA